AUGAUGCUAGAUGCAUUUCUUCUAGCAAUGGCUGCUGUUGGGAUUACCGCUAGAACUGCAGUGCUCAUUGUGCCAAACAUAGCUAUCAAGAUUUUAUUGCUGCUCAUCAUGCUGUUCAUAGGCUGCGUAUCGAUCGAUACUUUUCAUGCAAAUUAUAUGAAAGAAUCGGCAGGAAUUUUUAGCGACCCGGAGGUAGUGUCACAGUCUCCAGUAUCGCUGUGGCGUAAUGUUGUACAAACGUACCCGUCAUUACCGCUCUGGACCAUCGCCUUCAUCCUGUUGAUUUGUAUUGAAAUCAGGCUAUUUUUCUCUGCCUGGUACAAAAUCGCCUGGCGAAGUAACGAAAGUGAAGGAAAGAAAGCUGAGAAAGUGAGUGAUUCUGGCAUUUUUUACAGCUGGAAACUAUUAUUUCAUUGCGAAGUAGAUGGACUGUUCGACUUUCUAUGA